AUGAACUGUCUAUACAUAUUCAGAGGUAGUGGAAAUUCAUUACCUCAAUUCUCAAACUCUCCAAUACGGAUGUAUGGCAAGGAGUAUAAACCACCAGAUAUACCAAAAGAUGAACAACAGGAUGAUGCAUCUGAAAUGGCAUCAGAGAGUAGUGGUAAUAAUAGUAAUAGUAUUGUAAAUGAUGAUAAUAAUAGUAAUAGUAGUGUAAAUAGUAAUAGUAAUAAUAAUAAUAAUAACAAUAGUCAGAAUCAUAAUCAAUUUAUUGAAGAAUUUUUAGAGGACUUUUCAAACAAACUUUGGUGCUCCUAUAGACAGGGGUUUGAAUGUAUUGGAGACUCUUUAUUCGAGAAUGAUUGUGGAUGGGGAUGUAUGUUGAGAUCAGGCCAAAUGUUGUUGGCAAAUGUAUUGUUGUUAAAUAGUCCAAUUGGAAAGGAUUGGAAGAAACCACAAAAUGGAGAAUACCCAGAAGACUUUUACAAGGUUGUAAGAUUAUUUUUGGAUAGACCAUCUGCACCCUUUUCAAUUCAUAAUAUUGCUUUACAUGGCCGAAAUCAUCUUGGAAAGAGUAUCGGUGAAUGGUUUGCACCUUCAAAUAUUUCAAAUGCUAUAAGAGCAUUGGUUUAUAAAUAUGAUAAUCAUUUAAAUGGUACUAGUGAAGAGGAUAGCAGCGAUGAGGAGAAAGAAGGAAAGAAGAAAAAGGGAGAUAAUCAAUGUAACCUAUCUGUAUAUGUUUCAGAUGAUGGAUCAUUGUAUAUAGACCAAUUGUUGGAGAUUGCUCUUAGGAGUGAUGGUAGUUGGAUGCCUCUUCUCAUUUUAAUUCCAACUAAAUUGGGAAUAGACACUAUCAAUGAGAUAUAUUAUCGUCCUCUUUUGGAUAUUUACACGUUCCCUCAAAACUUGGGAAUUGUAGGUGGCAAGCCUCGUGCUUCACUCUACUUUAUAGCCUCUCAAGAUGAUAACCUUUUCUAUUUGGAUCCUCAUACAGUUCAAAAUUCAAUUGAAUCUGAUUCAGAUUUUUCUUUAUCAUCUUAUUUUUGUAAUAUACCAAAGAAAGCAAAUAUAUCAGAAGUUGAUCCUUCGUUGGUAAUCCCAUUCUUUUGCAGUACAAAAGAAUCAUUUCUUGAUUUUUUGGAAAGAUCAAAAAAACUGGAAUCAUCUAGUGAGUUCCCAUUAUACAACAUACAAGAGAAAGCACCCAACUAUCAAAAAGAUGACAUCUCUUUUGAUGAAGAAGAUGAAACAUCAGAGGAAAUCGAUUUCGAAUCAGAAUAUCAUAUGUUUAGUAGUAGCGAUAGAUAA